AUUGUUUCUCAUCUGCGAGGGAGUUUCAAGAAUGGAAUUCUCAGAGAUUACAAUGCGAGAGUGAAGCAGUUAACACAGCUGCGUGCGAUGAUCGUUGAAAAUGAGCAACUUUUCUGUGAGGCAGUAUUCAAUGACCUGCAUAAAGCGCAUGCUGAAACAAUUGGCUGCGAAACAACGUUCAUCGUCAACGAAAUCUCAUUGACAAUCAACAGUUUGAACAGUUGGAUGAGCGCACAAAAGGUUUCAAGAAACAUAAUGCAAGUGACCGAUGCAGCGUUCAUUCAUAAGGAACCACUUGGCGUUGUGCUCAUCAUUGGUCCGUGGAAUUUUCCACUGCAACUUUUGUUGGUACCAUUAUGCGGUGCAUUGGCUGCAGGAAAUUGUGUCGUUUUGAAGCCGUCCGAGCUGGCAACACACUGUGAAAAACUUAUUGCCGAAUUGAUACCGAAGUAUAUCGACGAAGACGUUUGUAAUGUGGUAACGGGUGGACGAGACGAAACAACGGAUCUUUUGAAGUUGAAAUUCGAUCACAUCUUUUUCACGGGAUCCGUCAGUGUUGGUAAGAUUGUGUAUCGCGCAGCAGCUGAACACCUUACCCCUGUUACUUUGGAACUUGGUGGAAAAUGUGCAGCAAUCAUCGAUAACGAUGUCAAUUUGGAAACAACAGCAAAACGUAUCGUGUGGGGUAAAUUCGUGAAUUGUGGUCAGACUUGUGUAACAAUCGACUACAUUUUAUGUAUAGAUAAACGUCGUACGGAAUUAAUCGAAACCCUCAAAUCCUACAUCCGAGAGUUCUACGGUGAAAACGCUGAGAAUAGUGAAGAUUACUGUCGUAUCAUCAGCCAAAUGCAUUUCGACCGUCUGUCGGGGAUUUUAUCGAGAACAAACGGAAACAUAGUUUGUGGUGGAGAUAUGAAUCGAACAGAUCUUUACAUAGGUCCAACGAUCGUGGAUGAAGUGACAGAAGACGAUGAACUGAUGAAGGAUGAGAUAUUUGGACCAAUCUUACCGAUCAUAACUGUUAACUCGUUGGAUGAAGCGAUUGAAUUUGUGAAUGAGCGACCAAAACCGCUUGUGAUUCAUAUGUUCAGUGAUAAUCAACCAAAUAUCGAUCGAGUUGUCAACGAGACAAGCAGUGGCUCUGUGGUUGUGAACGAUGUUAUCAUGCAAAUGAUCUGUGAGUUAAUCCCAAAAACUCACAAACCUUUCUCUGAGCUGCACAAGCUGUCAUGUUUGGCUCUAUCGUUCAUAAAAGCUUUCGAGGUUUCAUGA